AUGAAUGAAAGAAAAUAUCGAGUUCAUUCUCUUCAAUUUUCAUCGGAUGAAAAUCAUUUAAAUUCAUUACUUCCUGAAACAUUUAUUUCAUCAUUACGUCAAUUAUUUUCUAUACUUGAUAAAACCAAUUGUGGUUAUAUAUCAUUUGAUGUAUUUAAACGUUAUUUUGAUUGUUCAUCAUUAUCAACAUUAAGCUUUUUAAAUGAACUUGAAAAUGAAUCAAAAAUAAAUAAUUAUUUUAUUUCAUUUAAUCUACUUAUAAAUGUUAUUAAACGUUCAUUUUCAAGAAUAAAACAACAACCACCCAUUAUUCGAAUACCAAAAUCUAUACGUUCGUCAAUUUCAUUUCCAAUAGAUACUCCUCAAAUUCCAUUGAUUUAUCAAAAUUUCGAAAGAAAUAUAUCAAAUCCAGUUUAUUAUGCAGCUAAUGAAAUUGAUUUAUCUCAAAUUCGAUCUUUGAAACAAUUUGAAUUUGAACGUAAUCUUCUUAUUCAAACAUGUGAUACACUUGAUCGUGUGAAAUUUUAUUUAACUGAUCGUCUUCUUGACAUGAAAGAGAAACAAAAAUCGUAUUGUCGUUAUUUAGCAAUAACAGAAGCAAUGGGGUUAGUUGCGGAAUCAAUGUAUAAUCGAGAUUUAAUUGCAGAUUUAUUUAAAUUAGCAUAUACAGUUAUUGAACAUGUAAAUUAUGAUUUUAAAAAAUCAUCAAGUUCAGUAUCAAUUAAUGAAGCAAAUAAUCAAUUGAAAGAAAAAGAUAACCAAAUAAAAUUAUUAGAAACUGAAAAACGUGUUUUAUUAAAAGAAUUAAUUGAAAUGAGACAGCAACAUGGAACAAUUAUUCCAAUAGAAAUAUAUCCUUAA